CACACACACACACUCUCUCUCUCUCUCUCUCUCUCUCUCUCUCUCACACAGGCACGCGGCGCGCGCGCUCUACUGGACACUGGCUGGCUCGCGCUAUCUCUUGUCCUCUUCAAGCCAGCGCGACUUUUGCACUUCCAAACACAGGUUGACAUCUAGAUUGGAAACUGACAUCUAAACGACACGUUAUUCGAGGCGUGACUAAAGAAGCUGGAGCAAAAAGUGAAUAUGGUCAGUCGAGGCAAAACAACAUGCACAGCCCACUUUCCGAAGACCAAAGUUGACUGACUCAGACUCGUGACUCGUGUCUGAGCCUAAAUGUGUGAGACGAAGCUGUGGACAGUUACCAGAUAUAGAGGCCGUCAUAUCUUCUCAUUUUAGAACACACAGCUGUCAAAAAAGGGGGUCAACUGAAACCGUCUGUGCCGACAGCACGUUUGGGAGUAUUUUUCCUCCUCGGUUGUGCUGAGAACUAAGCGAUGGCCAUGGUGAGAGGGGGGUGGGGAGAUCCCAAUGGGGAGACUAAUGGACUUGGUGACAAGGGGUACCUGAGGGGAGAUGAGGACGAUGGGUCACCGCAAGGAGGCGGCAGCGACAUGGAGGCCGGGGAGGAUGAUAAAGGUUGUGUGGUGGACUGUGGGGUCUGCGGUGACAAGUCCAGUGGGAAACACUACGGCGUGUUUACUUGUGAGGGCUGCAAGAGCUUCUUCAAACGGAGUGUCCGACGAAACCUAAACUAUACCUGCAGAUCAAACCAAGACUGCCAGAUUGACCAACAUCAUCGCAACCAGUGUCAAUACUGUCGCUUAAAGAAGUGUUUCCGAGUGGGAAUGCGCAAAGAAGCAGUUCAGCGUGGACGCAUCCCACCUUCGCAUUCAAGCCUCAGCCCAUCCACGACUCCAGUGGGCGGUAAUGCCGGCAGUGGCGUGAGCGAGUUCUACAACGGGCAGCCGGUGUCUGAGCUCAUCUCCCAGCUCCUGCGGGCAGAGCCUUACCCUAACAGCCGCUACAGCCAUCAGUACAACCAGCAGAUGCAGGGGGGCGGAGGAUCCAUGGGCAUCGACAGCAUCUGCGAGCUAGCCGCCAGACUCCUGUUUAGCAUCAUCGAAUGGGCCAGAAACAUUCCUUACUUCCCCGAGCUGCCUGUAUCUGAGCAGGUGGCCUUGCUGCGACUCAGCUGGAGCGAACUGUUUAUACUCAACGCCGCCCAAUCUGCCCUGCCCCUGCACAUGGCCCCGCUGCUCGCCGCCGCAGGCUUUCACUCCUCUCCCAUGUCUGCCGAGAGGGUGGUGUCCUUCAUGGACCAGGUGCGCAUCUUCCAGGACCAAGUGGAGAAGCUGACCCGCCUGCAAGUGGAUACAGCAGAGUACAGCUGUCUGAAGGCCAUUGCGCUCUUCUCACCAGAUGCAUGUGGGCUGACAGACCCGGCUCAUGUGGAAAGCCUGCAGGAAAAAGCUCAGGUGGCCCUGACCGAGUACGAGCGCAUGCAGUACCCCGGGCAGCCCCAACGCUUCGGACGGCUCCUACUGCGACUGCCUGCUCUGAGGGCCGUGCCCGCCAACCUCAUCUCUCAGCUCUUCUUCAUGCGCCUGGUGGGCAAAACGCCCAUCGAGACGCUCAUCCGUGACAUGCAGCUGUCUGGCAGUGCCAUCAGUUGGCCGUACGCACCCGGACAAUAACCAUUAUCAGAUGUGACCAUGAAACCAGUCUGAAAUUCAAACUAUCUCAGUGUGAUUGUGUUUUUUCAACCACACAUUCACUUCUGAUAUUCACCGGAUCACCUAAUGCAACAGGGUCAUACUGUGGGAAUGGUGGAUUCAGUAGUACAUGGCAGAAGGCUUGAUGUAUGCUCUGUGUGAACUGUUUUAUGAGGCCCAGAAGCAUUCUUAAAAAAUUACUUGAGAAAUCUUGGUUAUCUGCUAGCCAAAGGUAAGAUGUUAGGUACAGUUUCAUAGCGAGUUAUUAAGUGGAAAUUGGU